CCCACUCACGGCACACCGGAUUGCUCCCCAAGACAAGCCCAAAUCUGCCACCAUAAACAAACCGCACCCGAGCGGCCCAAACCCGGAUCAGACUGUAAUUCCCCAAUUCGAUUCCUUCCUCCCAUGGGUUGGCGUUGGCACGACGACGACGACGGCGACAGCGGCCGGGGCCUCGGCGGUGUCCCCGACCUCGCCGGAGGCGGGGGCGAGGGGGCGCAGUGCGCGACGCGACGGGUGGUGCAGUCCCGCUGCCACACGGAGGAAGUCGAGCCCGGCCGAUUCGUCCGCAAGUGCGAGAAGACGGAGCAGCUCCUCCGCGACUGCGUCGGCAGGCCCUCUGAACUGGUGGAAUCCAAAACCGAAAACACUGAGGAAGAUGUCACAGAAGAAAUGAAAAGCGGUUCACUUUCUCUUGGCUUUCCAAGAAACGAGCCCUUUGCAUUCCCUGGACUCCGCAGUGACAUGGAAGCCCUUGAGAAAGAUUUCUUUGGGAGCCUAGGGAACGUCCUGGACGAAGCUGAGCGGAUGACUAAUAGUUUCAUCAAAUCUUUUGGUUUUCCACCUGUUCAUGACAGAGAAUCAAGUCCAUUUCGACGACAGCCUGCAGAGAAGCAUAUUGAAGAAGAUACGGCAAGGAAGACUAAGGAGAGUGACUACUCUGAAUUCAGGAGCAAGAUUUCAGAUGUGUAAGCAGCUGUAGAGCUGCAGUUUGCUGGCAUGUGUCUACAGAGCUGAAACCUGGGAAGUGAGAGCUUUGCAAUCUCAGGGUCCUUGUAUGUUCUCUCUUUGGAACAAAACGCGUACUUGCGACUUUCAGCUGCUUUUUAGCCUCGCUUAGUAUGGUAAUCGUAAUGGUAGGUGAAGAAGAAAUAUGGUAAUCGUAAUGGUGGGUGAAUAAGCUUACCAGGUGUGUUCGUUUGUGCUACUCACGGCUGGCUGCGGCUGCUGGCGUGUGUUGCAAAGCCAUUUUGUGUAGUACUUAUUGCAGGCCAAGCAUUUGAAAAUGUUUACAUUCUUGCGCACAGGCUAUGUUUUGGGCAGAAAGUUUGUCAUGAAUUUUCCCAAUUCACCCUGUGAUGUGUCGCUGUCUUUUCUUUUCAUUUCUUGCAUUCAGUUGUACAGUACUUGUUGUAAAGAGAAUGCAAAAGUUCAUGUGUGU